AAUAAAAAUAAAAACCGAAAAACGAAAAAAAGAAAAGAAAAGAAAAGUGCUGCGUCAGAUUUUGCUUCGUCAUGGCGCCCAAAGUUCUGAUGGUAGCAGAAAAACCAAGCAUAGCUUUGUCAAUUGCAUCAGUACUCUCUAAUGGUCAGAUGUCAACACGGAGGGGUACCACAGAGGUCCAUGAGUUUGAUGGGAUGUUUUUGGGAUCUCGGGCUCAUUUUAAAGUGACUUCUGUGAUUGGUCAUGUUUUCAGUGUAGACUUCCCAGCAACUUAUCAAGAUUGGACAACUACAGAUCCUCUGGAUCUUUUUGAAGCACCAAUUCGUAAGACAGAAGCUAAUCCAAAGGCUCACAUUUGUAGGCAUUUAAGCCAAGAAGCUCGUGGUUGUGGGCACCUGGUGUUAUGGUUGGAUUGUGACCGUGAAGGAGAAAACAUAUGCUUUGAAGUUAUUGAAUCCACUGGAUUUCAUGUAAAUGAUGAUCGAAGAGUUCAUCGUGCGCGAUUUUCAUCUGUCACCGAGAAAGAUAUUUCUAAGGCCAUGAAGAACCUUGUUGAACCCAACAGAGAUGAAGCAUUGGCUGUAGAUGCCCGUCAAGAAAUUGACUUGAAAGUUGGAGUUGCUUUCACUCGGUUCCAGACUAGUUACUUCAAUGGGAAAUAUGGCAAUCUUGAUUCCAGAGUCAUAUCUUAUGGUCCCUGUCAAACGCCUACCCUUGGAUUUUGCGUGCAACGGUACCUACAAAUUACCUCUUUCAAACCAGAAAAGUUUUGGGUUUUGCAUCCUCAUAUAUUACACAAGGGCUAUGAACUCAAACUGGAAUGGGCUCGCAAUAAGCUUUUUGACAUUGAUGUUUCUGUCAUGUUUCGCAACUUAGUAGCAGAAGAUGGAAUUCUAAAAGUCAAAACCAUAUCAGAGAAAUAUGAAUGUAAAACUCGUCCUUCUGGUCUUAAUACAGUGAACCUUCUGAAGGUUGCUUCAAGCGCAUUAGGCUUCGGACCUCAGUUGGCUAUGCAAUUAGCUGAGCGCUUAUACACCCAAGGUUUCAUCAGCUAUCCUCGAACAGAGAGCACAGCAUAUCCUUCUUCAUUUGACUUUAAAGGUACCCUUGAAGGACAAGCUCAUAAUCAAAUAUGGGGUGACCAUGCUCAGAAGCUUUUGGCUGAUGGUUAUUCAAAGCCACGAUCAGGAACUGAUGCGGGUGAUCAUCCUCCAAUCACACCUAUGCGUUCAGCCACCGAGGAUAUGCUAGGGCACGAUGCAUGGAGGUUGUAUCAGUAUGUUUGUCAACAUUUUCUAGGGACAUUGUCUGCUGACUGCAAGUACAGAAGGAUAAAAAUAGAAUUUGAAGCUGGAGGAGAAUUGUUUCAUUGUAAUGGAUAUAAUGUUAUACAGAAAGGAUUCACAUCAAUUAUGCCAUGGUUGGCAGUUUCUGAGAAGAAUCUUCCUCAGUUUACUGAAGGGGAAAAAUUAACAAUUUCAAGACUUGAACUUGACGAGGGCAAUACUCUGCCUCCAGAUUACUUAAGUGAGAGUGAGUUGAUCUCACUGAUGGAGAAGAAUGGAAUAGGUACAGAUGCGUCCAUUCCUGUACAUAUUAACAACAUCUGUGAACGGAAUUAUGUACAGGUACAAGCAGGGAGAAGAUUGGUUCCUACUGCUCUUGGUAUCACUCUGAUCAGAGGCUAUCAAUGUAUAGAUUCAGAUUUAUGUUUACCGGACAUCCGUAGCUUUAUUGAGCACCAAAUCUCUCUCGUUGCCAAAGGUCAAGCACACCAUGCUUUGGUUGUACAGCAUGUACUUGAACAGUUCAAAAGGAAGUUCAGCUACUUCGUAAAGCAGAUUGAAAAUAUGGAUGCCUUGUUUGAAGCACAGUUUUCUCCACUUUCUGAGUCUGGACGUUCGCUGAGCAAAUGUGGCAAAUGCUUGAGAUACAUGAAGUACAUAGCAAUGCAGCCAUCACGGCUCUAUUGUGGUACAUGUGAGGAAGUUUAUUAUGUUCCUCAGAAAGGUACAAUCAAGUUGUACAAGGAACUUACUUGCCCUCUUGAUAACUUUGAGCUUUUGAUCUUUUCCAUGCCUGGCCCUGAGGGCAAGUCCUUUUCUCUUUGUCCUUACUGUUAUAACAGUCCUCCAUUUGAAGGCAUUGGCACGUUAUAUGGCACCACUAAGAGUGGGGGUUCAGAAAAGUUGGGCAAGGGAGCUGGGAUGCCUUGUAUCCUUUGUCCACAUCCUACAUGCCAGCACUCUCUGAUAGCAUUAGGAGUUUGUGGCUGUCCAGAAUGCAAUGGGACGCUGGUCCUCGACCCCGUCAGUGCUCCAAAAUGGAGACUUCAUUGCAACAUGUGCAAUUGCCUUGUUUACCUUCCUGAAGGUGCUCACAGAAUCACCACCACCCCUAGUAGGUGUCCUGAGUGCGACUCCACUAUUAUAGAGGUGGAUUUCAACAAGAAAACAACUCCUCUGAAGGAUGGAGCCACUUUAUAUAGUGGGUGCAUUUUGUGUGAUGAGCUACUGCAUUCACUCGUGGAGAUGAAGCAUGGAAAAUCAUUUUCAAUGCGGGGACGAGGAAGAGGGCGAGGAAGGGGUAAAGGCAGGGGAAGAGGCCGAGGCAGCAGGAUAAAGCAAGAUCCUAAAAUGAGCUUCCGAGAUUUCUGAAGUGUUUCUAGAAUUAGCAUAAUGCAAUUCUUAAUUUGAUAGGAUCAUAGAUAUCUGCCUAAUUGCUUAUCUUGUGGGUGUUUAGCCACAUAUUCCCUUGAGCACGUACAAUUUGUGCAUUUGCAAACUGCGCGCACAGUUCCUACUUAUCUUUUCUGUAGCUGUUAAAAAGUGUUUUCAACUCUGUCGACCAUGUAAACUGUCUGUUCUGACAGAGAAGCAAUUUGGAUGCCUCUCAAGUCUGGAUUGGAGGUAGGGAGCCAUCCAUACUCCUCCUUUAAAUCUCCAGUCUACUGUAAACUGAGCAUUCCUCUUCAUUAGGGUGUCACUUUUUGAAUGCUCAGAUAAACAAAUUGUUAGAGAGAGAUUAUUAUGUUCUUAUUUGGCAA